AUCAUGGUCCACGCUCAUCAGCUUCUGCGCGGACGUCGCCAACACUGCGAUCCAAGUCCACCACAACAUUGUCGAAAUCUCCUCCACCGGUGCCGGAGAAGCUUCCACCGACAUGGAGAGAGAUGGUUCCUGCUCCUCUUCCAGUUGGCUUUCGCAUUGCUCCUCCUGUUCUCGCGCCCGCCCCCGUUUUCAGCCCAGCCCAGUCUCAACUCGUCCCAUCCCAACACCAGCGUUCUGUGUCCGCACCCCCUGGCCCUUGUUUCCCGCACAAUAAUAACCCGCCCGAGGCUGCAGAUGCGAAGCAGGAGGGAGAAUCGGUGUCGGAACUAUCUGCUUUCCAGCAUUGGCUUUCAUUGUUUCCCGAGUCUACUAUACCCAUGCCGUUCAGAGAAGCCCUGUCUUGAUUUUUUUUGGUUGUGCAUGUAUGUAUUAUUCAAUCUUACAUUUGUAUCAUAUACGCGGUUCGCUGUCAAUGUCUUUUGUGAGGUAAUCAUACAGGUAAGU